CUGCAGUGUCCUGACAAGCAUAGCUUCACAGACCGUGUGGUUGAGUGUCAUUGAGCCGGCACAUGCACAACAGUGUCAGCUGUAGAGGGUGUGUACCUCUAACCAUAAACCACAGAAAACACACAUGUGUACACAGUCAAUACACACACACACACACACACACACUCUCGGUAUGCCUGCCCAUACUGAUGUAGGUUCACUCGACUCAUGUCUGUUUCACCCGAUGACACCAUCAUGAGAUGCUCAGAGCUGUUGAUUUUGGUUCUGCUCCUAAAUGUUGCUCAUUGCCUGGAAACUGGAGGUCUGGAUGGAGAACCAUUAGUGGAGAUUACACACAAUGUCACCGCAGUCCUGGGAGAAGUGGUGUAUCUGGGCUGCAGAUAUCUGGGCCAGAGUGAGAUCCUCAAUGCCAAGUGGAUACGGCAGAUUAAUUCCAAAGUUAAAUCCAAGGGAUUGUCCGGGUUUCUCAACGGCCAACCUUUCAGCCGUAAUGAUUUCUCUGAGCCAGACUCUGUCACCAACCUCACUGUGAAGAUGACGGUGUCCAGCGUUGACGUAGGAGGAGAAUACAUCUGUGAGUUUGAAUCCGAGGAGGGCUACUUUUCUGACCAAGCCUUUGUCACAGUUGUAGCUCGACCUGAUGUAGACGUCCAAGUGAAAGCGUUGACCAUAAAUGGCACUCACUUCCAGUCGGUGUCAUGUUCUGCCAUCGGCGGCCUCCCCACGUCUCAGAUUAGCUGGCUAAUCAACGGGGUUACUCCAGCGGAACCCUUCCUAGCAGUGAGUGAAAACAACAUUACUGCUCACUCAAAUGGCACGUUCACCCAGACCAGCAUCCUACACUUCCCCACCCACCUGCAAGAUGAGGACAGCGUGACCUGUGAUGUUCAACACCCAACCCUCCCAAACCCCAAACUCACCACAGUGAGGGUGGAGACGUUCGUGAAGCCAAAUGUGACGGUCAAAACAGAAAUGAUACAAAGAGAAGGAAGUGAGUUCUGGGUGGUCUCAUGCGUUUCAUCUGGAGGGAGACCUGACACCGACAUCUCCCUGGCAUUGAACGAUGGCGAGGAGCUGCAGAGUGAAAACAGAAGUGACUCAGACGUGGAGACACGCUCGGUCCUACUUCCUGUGACGGCGUAUGGAGGCCACAACGUCACCUGUGUGUUUGAUCAUCCCAAAUUUUCACACGGGGAGUCGCGGCUCGUAACACUGCCGUCUCUCUCGUUGACUGGAGUUCAGCUGCUGGACUCAGAACAGAAAAUGAACAGCGACACAUUUGGAGGUCCUGAAAACGUAGAGCUGCAGGAGGAACAGAGCGACGUGGUCAUUGGCCUGGUGGUCACUGGGAACGUGCCACGUUACAACGUCACCUGCAAAAAAGACGACGGGCCUCUGCCAGUGGAUGUUGAGCUCAUUGGCAGUAACCUUACAGUUGGUGGUCCUGUCCGUCAGCAGCACGCUGGUCUGUAUGAAUGUGUUGUCUCCUACUAUCACCUUCAAGUGGCUCUGCAGCUGAACAUCACAGUUCAGCCCUCAGUAGUUCACAGUGUUCUUCCCACCGUACGGGUUGACGUGCAGACUAAAGGUGGACACAGUGUGAUUGAAUGCUCGGCGCUCGAUGCCGUUCCUGCAGCCAGCGUGUCCUGGCUCCUACCGGCGGGUGUGUCUGUAGUCUCUUGGUCCAAUUUCACUUCUCAUAAUGGAAGCUACUCUGUCAGGGAAGUUUUUCUGCUCCCUGCGUGUUCGCCUCGAGAGCUCACUGCAGAGUGUGUGAUAAAUCACCCAGCGUUUGAGGAGCCAGAGAACAGAAGCGUAACACUCCCGCUUUGCGCUCGUACAAACAUCACCAUUAACUCCAGCACUGAGUGGAGGGAGCGUGAGCAGUUCACAGAGGUGGACUGCUUUGCAGUCAGCGUUGCCCCGGCUCCAGUUAUAAACUGGUACAUUGGCAGCGGGGACUUCGGCUUCACCAGUAACCUUUCUGAGACCCAGAUCCAGGCUGAUGGUUCGGUGUCAGUCCGCAGCACCGUGCACCUCUCGUCAUCUCUGUACGCUGGUCAGAAUGUGACGUGUACAGUGGAGCAUCCGAUCUCAGAGAUGUCUGAGCGUCAAACUAUAAACAUCCCAGCACAGAAAGCUCCACUGCUGAGUGUUUCUGUGGUGAGACUACAAGACUCUCACAACUGGAUGGCUGUGUGUGAAAGCAGAGGAGGGGGUGUGGGGCAGAUCCUCACCUGGGUGCUUCCCAAAAAUACUGAAGAUGAAGAAUCACUGCACACAGAGACUGAGGGCCACUCCUUGAAGGCCAGGCUGGCUUAUCAGUUUCCUCUGGCUCGUCAUGAAGGCCAGGAUCUGACCUGUGUGUGCCGAGUUACACACGGGGUCACGGAGAGGAGGACUGUGCAUAUCCCCAAGUACUACAUCUCAGCUGUGAGAGUCGUCAACCACACCACUGUUCUCCGGGACCGAUAUGGCUGCGCUCUCAAUACACGCAUACUGAGCCUUCGGAGUCAACAUCACAGCCAGAGAAUACUGCUGGAAGUAGAUGGCAACGUGCCUCACUAUGACCUCAGCUGCACAAGGAGCGAUGGCGUCUUUGUUUACACGGAAGGGUCUGCAGUGGUGUUCCAGUCGGGGCUCACAGAGGAGGACCAAGGCUUGUACACCUGCCGUGCGUCCUUCUAUCACCAUGGGGCCACUGUCAGGAUACAGGUGGAGGUCACGAGCCAGGACGAGCAGUUCGGACUGGUGGCACUGAUCUGCGUCUCUACAGCCUCGGCCAUCGCCAUAAUCCUGGUCAUCAUUCUCUGGGUGUGCUGAAUGUUUAACGUCAGGAACGGAUCAGAUCAGGUCUGGGAGUGAAUGAAGGCCAAGCUGUGCAGACGCAACCUCAAUGGAGCCACCGCUUCUGUGGUCAGAACGUUUGGUCAAGGUGCCAUUGGUUGACAGAGACACGCUCCCAUUAUCCCUGUGUCCCAGUGGGAGGGUCCUGUCAGGCUAAUUUUGGAAGGUCAGGCUCAGAGCGUACAACGAGCAGACACAAGAAAACAUGACUCCCCAAGAGGGAAACUAUUUUGGGAUCAAUGCAAAUGAACCCCUCCUGUCUCUCCCAUCCAGGAGCGGAGACACUUUUAGAAGCUAAAUGCUCCUCACUGAGUUGAUGUCAACAGGGUCAUACUGUACACUGGGCUCUGCUGCUCCUGACAUCAGGAAUCAAUGACAAGCGUCCAGCUCCUGUCAUCAACAUUUUUGUCACACCAUAAUGCACUCGCACCUGCUACUUGUACUGUGUAUCAGAUUAGGCAGUGGUGCCAUCUAUUGGUGAUACUUAGCCUCUACAAAUUAUUUUUACCAGUUGAAUCUCUGGUGAUGUUAAAGAUUUAUACAUCCUGCUAUUUUUUCACUUUUUCUUCAGCAUCACAUUUAGUCAUUUCUAAUAGUUUUUAUGUUUUCUA